UAUUGACUCCUUACUACGUAUGUGGGGCACACACACAGAUACGUUGUGUCGUAGAGCGUGUAUACGUGAGUUUGGAUAAUCCGAAUGUGAUUUGUCAAUUCAAUGAUAUUUAAAUAAUUAUAAACUAAAAAUUUAAGCAUGUAUCUAGCAUCAGCCGUAUAGUUAUGUAUCUUGACAUUGACGUGAACCAAUGUCUUUAUACCUGAAGGAACACGAAAUACUCACUUAAAAAUGGUAAAUUACACGAAUAUAUAUCAAACUAUUUCACUUUUAACUACACUCAACGUGUAAAUAAUUCUUACAAUAGUAAGAAUAAGAAUUGGCCAUUCAAUGAGUAACAUGCGUAUUCAAUUAAUGACAUAUUUCAACAAGAAAAUUGUUUCUAACUUGUUAAUGCAGCAUAUCUUGUUUGUUAAUACGAGAGUAAAUGCUUCGACAAAGUCUAAGACGCACUAUGACACCUUGAACGUAUCUCCCAAUGCCACGCAUAACGAAAUAAAGUCGUCCUACUUCAAGCUUACAGUAAAAUAUCACCCUGACAAAAAUAAAAGCGCGUCCGCGAAAGUACUGUUUCAAGAAGUGUCGGAGGCAUACGAAGUUCUCGGCAAUCACAAGCUGCGCAAGCAGUAUGACAGAACUAUGGCGAUUAAGUCUUCUCUGGUGAACCAAAUGCAAAAACCGACACCUAAGUACGAGUAUUCUGAUACAACGAGGCAUAAAAUGUACGAUUUUGAUGAAUGGACUCGUGCUCACUACCACAAUGCUUUUGAACAAAGCAUGAAAAGGAAAACUAUAUACAAAGAGUAUAUGCAGAACAAACGACAGAUGGAGCAAAAUGAGGAAAUUGAUGCCACAGCGGUCAUUAGUUUAGUAGGAAUUGUUUCGGUAUUCGUCUUCUUGAUCAUAGUCUACAUACCUACUUCUAACGAUAACGCAAAGAAGAAGAAGGUUGAUUAA